CAAACAACUCUAAUUUAAUUAGAGUUAAACAAUAUUUUCCGACCAGUAUAUAAAUGGAAUUUGGCCCUAUAUGAAGCAAUAAAGGUUUGCCUUCUGCCAAGGAAGUAUAUUUUGCUGAACUAAAUUUAAUAUAUAAGGAUGUUAAGAGUGAUAACGCUAGCUAUUUUUGUGCUAGCUGCAGAAGGAGGUAACGUGAAAGAAACGCGAUGUAUCAAAGAGGUGAUAGGAAAAAGGUUAGCUCACCAAACCGAUUGUUCUAAAUUUGUGCAUUGUAUUAAUACAUCAUUCGGACGUGUUCAGAAUUGUCCUAGUGGAUUAGCAUUUAAUGCUCAAGAUGAAGUAUGUGAUUAUCCAUCACGCGCUGGUUGCUUCAAAGAAAGGUCUUCCUUUCUAAAAACCACUUGCGAAUGUGACUGCAGUGUGUGUUGUCCAGGAUGUAAUUCAGAUAUCACUCCAACAGCACCUACUAUAAGUCCUUCUACAACUUCAACGCCUUGCAAUACUCCAAUCCAAUCAUCCUCCCAAACUCAUUCAAAUCAAAUUACUCCGGAACCAACGUCAAAUCCAAACCCAUCACCCACCCCUACUCAAACUGUAACACCAACACCAAUAGUUUGGGAUACAACAACUCCAACUCAAUCACCAUCUCAAACUCAAUCGACUCCGGAAACAACGUCAAAUCCAAACCCAUCACCAACACCAAUAGCUUGGGAUACAACAACUCCAACUCAAUUACCAUCUCAAACUCCAUCGACUCCGGAAACAACGUCAAAUCCAAACCCAUCACCAACCCCUGCUCAAACUAUAACACCAACACCAAUGGCUUGCAAUACAUCGAGUUCAACUCAGUCACCAUCGCAAACUCCAUCGACUCCGGAAUCAACGUCAAAUCCUAAUUCAUCACCGACCCCUGCUCAAACGAGAACACCAACACCAAUAGCUUGGGAUACAACAACUCCAACUCAAUCACCAUCUCAAACUCCAUCGACUCCGGAAACAACGUCAAAUCCAAACCCAUCACCAACUCCUGCUCAAACGAUAACACCAACACCAAUAGCUUGGGAUACAACAACUCCAACUCAAUCACCAUCUCAAACUCCAUCGACUCCGGAAUCAACGUCAAAUCCUAAUUCAUCACCGACCCCUACUCAAACUGUAACACCAGCAAUAACAACUUGCGAUACAUCAAGUCCAACUCAAUCAUCAUCGCAAACUCCAUCGACUCCGGAAUCAACGUCUAAUCCAAACUCAUCACCAACAUCUUCUCAAAUGAUAACACCAACACCAAUAGCUUGCGAUACAUCAAGUCCAACACAAUCACCAUCGCAAACUCCAUCGAAUCCAAUUAGUCCGGAACCAACGUCUAAUCCAAACCCAUCACCGACCCCUGCUCAAACGAUAUCACCAACACCAAUAGCUUGGGAUACAACAACUCCAACUCAAUCACCAUCUCAAACUCCAUCGACACCCGAAUCAACGUCUAAUCCAAACUCAUCACCAACAUCUUCUCAAACGAUAACACCAACACCAAUAGCUUGCUAUACAUCAAGUCCAACUCAAUCACCAUCGCAAACCCCGGAACCAACGUCAAAUCCUAAUUCAUCACCAUCUCCAACUGAAACGUUAACACCAACACCAAUAGUUUGGGAUACAACAAGUCCAACUCGAUCAACUCCGGAACCAACUUCAAAUCCUAUUUCAUCACCAUCUCCAACUGAAACGUUAACACCUACACCAAUAGCUUGGGAUACAACAAGUUCAACUCAAACACCAUCUCAAACUCCAUCGACACCGGAAUCAACGUCUAAUCCAAACUCAUCACCAACAUCUUCUCAAACGAUAACUCCAACACCAAUAGCUUGCGAUUCAUCAAGUCCAACUCAAUCAUCAUCACAAACUCCAACGAAUCCAAUUAGUCCGAAACCAACGUCUAAUCCAAGCCCAUCACCAACCCCUGCUCAAACGAUAACACCAACUCCAUCGAAUCCAAUUAGCCCGGAACCAACGUCUAAUCCAAACCCAUCACAAACUCCUGCUCAAACGAUAACACCAACACCUAUAGCUUGCGAUACAUCGAGUUCAACUCAAUCACCAUCGCAAACCCCGGAACCAACGUCAAAUCCUAAUUCAUCACCAUCUCCAACUGAAACGUUAACACCAACACCAAUAGUUUGGGAUACAACAAGUCCAACUCGAUCAACUCCGGAACCAACUUCAAAUCCUAUUUCAUCACCAUCUCCAACUGAAACGUUAACACCUACACCAAUAGCUUGGGAUACAACAAGUUCAACUCAAACACCAUCGCAAACUGCAUCGACUCCGGAACCAACUUCAAAUCCUAAUUCAUCACCAUCUCCAACUGAAACGUUAACACCAACACCAAUAGUUUGGGAUACAACAAGUCCAACUCAAUCGACUUUGGAACCAACUUCAAAUCCUAUUUCAUCACCAUCUCCAACUGAAACGUUAACACCAACACCAAUAGCUUGGGAUACAACAAGUCCAACUCAAACACCAUCGCAAACUGCAUCGACUCCGGAACCAACUUCAAAUCCUAAUUCAUCACCAUCUCCAACUGAAACGUUAACACCAACACCAAUAGUUUGGGAUACAACAAGUCCAACUCAAUCGACUUUGGAACCAACUUCAAAUCCUAUUUCAUCACCAUCUCCAACUGAAACCUUAACACCUACACCAAUAGCUUGGGAUACAACAACUCAGACAACGAUAGCCACAACUGACGGUACCUUCACAAUACCUGGACCCACACAACACACUUCUGAUUGCGAUCCAUUGUGUUGUAAUGUAAAAGAUGGUUCCACUAGUAUUUUGGAGGGAAAUUGUCAAAAAUUCGUGGUUUGUGUUGGUGGCAAGGAAAGUAUUUUUACUUGCUCCAAUAAUUUGCUGUUUAAUUCCGUAACUGGCGAAUGCGAUUAUCCAGGAAAUGUAAAUUGUCCCUGGCCUCAAGAUCCACCAAGUGGUCCGUCGGCAGGACCAUCUGGAACUCAUUGUGAAACUGGAGGUCGGUGCGUUGGGCAGCAGGACGGCACCUCUUUUGCUAUCGAAACUUGCAGCACAGACUAUAUUGUGUGCCAGUGUGAGUGUGAAGUGAGGCGUAGUUGCCCAUCACUAUUAAUGUUCAACUAUAAUUUGGGGGUCUGUGAUUGGCCAACGAGUUUCGGAUGCUAACAUAUUUUAAAUACUUUUACUACCAUACCGAAGGAUGUUUACUGAAUAUUAUUGUCUUACGUUAUAUUAUGUCUGAAUGGCAAUGCCAUUUGAUACUGUAUAUAAACAUAGCAAAUUCAAAUUCAAUUUUUCCUCUCAAACUAUACCAACAUUUUUAGAUUCCGCAUUAUUAGUCAAAAUAAAAAUGUACAUAUGUAUAUGACUGCUUACCCAUAAAUUUUUGAACUGUUUAAAGCCAAUUGCAUAUCUUCAGCUAUAUUUAUCACUUAACAAGGAAAUCGGUUUUUCUAACCAAAAUUAUAAGUAUGUAUGUUCAAUUCUUAAAUAUAUCUAUCAUUUUGAAACUGUA